AUGAAGUCGAAGACUCUUCUGCUAUUGCUGGUAGCUGUUAUAGCUCCCGAACUGGUCUUGUCUCAAAGUUGUUUCGCAACAACAUGGAGUACUUGGGCUUGCAGUGUAACUUGUGGCAAUGGAACAUAUUCACGAACAAGAAAUUGUAUAACAAAUACAACAGCUUCUUGUAAUUCAUGCUGGGAAACAUCGUAUACACAAUCUCAAACGCAAACAUUGGAUUGUAUACGUGGUGCAUGUCCGUAUUGUUCAUGGACAAAUUUCACUGUAUUUCCAUGUUCAGCAUCAUGUAAUACUGGUUUUCAAUUACAAACACGCCAAUGUUUGACAGCCACCGGCCAAGCAUGUGGUACAUGUGAUGGUAGCGAUGUGAUAUCACAGCCUUGUACACAGCUACCAGCAUGUCCUAAUCUAUGUCCAAUUAAUAGUCAUAUCGAACGAAACUAUACGGAUUGUAGUAUUACUUGUCAAAACCGGACUGGCAAUUUACCUUGUACUGUACGUUCUGUUGGAUGUGUAUGUGAUGCGGGUUAUUUUUUCGAUUCUAUCGGCGGACAAUGUAUACAGGAAUGUGAUUGUGGUUGCAUCGAUUCUGGAUCACAUUAUCGUGCAUUAAAUCAAGUAUGGAAUGACACUUGUAGCACAUACAUAUGCAAUUCUGGUGGUAUUAUCGAUAGAAUUGCCACAAUUUGCAAUACUAGCGUGAUACCGACGCCAGUCAAUGGUGGUUGGACUGCUUGGCAAACUCCUACUCCAGUUGUUUGUUCAGCAACUUGUGGCAAUGGUUCACGACCACAAUAUCGUACUUGUACGAAUCCAACACCGCAAAAUGGUGGUUUAUAUUGUUCUGGUUCAGGCGUACAACUACUUAAUUGUUCAACAAAUAUUACCUGUCCUGGAUCAAAUACUUGGUCAACUUGGUCAGCAUUUAGCGGAUGUAGUGUUACAUGCGGAAAUGGUACCCGUACAGCCUAUCGAAAUUGUACAAUACCAGCAUCAGCCUCAUCGGGCUCUGCUUCAUGUAAUGGAUCUAGUACUAAUGUCACCAGUUGUUUUGCUGGAGCUUGCCCGAUUAAUGGUGUUUGGACAGCUUUUAGUAAUUAUUCAACAUGUUCAGCGAUUUGUUCUGGUGGUCUGCAAGCUAGUAGUCGUGAUUGUGUGAAUGAAACAUCGGGUGGCUUGACAUGCUCUGGAUACGGACUACAAUUUCAAAAUUGUUCAGGCUAUGAUGCAGCCUAUCAAUGUGAUGCUAUUGGUUUUUGGAGUAAUUGGACUAGUUGGAGUACAUGUUCAGUAUCAUGUGGCGUAGGCUUUCAAUUUCAAACACGAGUAUGUCUUGGUGCUGGUUUUGGUUGUGUUGGUGAAGCAAUAAAUACAACAAUUUGUAAUACAAGUGUAGCUUGUCCUGUUGAUGGAACCUGGACUAGUUGGUCAACUUGGUCGUCAUGUCCGACAACAUGUGGUACAGCUACUGUAUAUCGAACACGUAAUUGUACUGGUGCAUCCAAUGGAGGUGUUUGCUUGGGUUCAGUACUUGAUACGCAACUAUGUGAUACAAAUAUUAGUUGUACUAGGUUUCCAUAUAAUGCAACUAACGGAGGUUAUACUGCAUGGUCAAAAUGGGGUUCAUGUUCUAGUACAUGUGGCACAGGUGAACAAAUACAAACAAGAUCUUGUACGAAUCCGUUACCUACAUAUGGUGGUAAUUAUUGUGUUGGAUCUCCUAUUAAUAUAACAUCGUGUACUGCAACACAACCAUGUCCAAUCGAUGGUAAUUGGGCAACAUGGACAAAUUUUUCAAGUUGUAGUGGUACGUGUGGAAAUGGUACAAUGUCACGUAUACGUCUAUGUGCUAAUCCAUCGCCAUCGAAUGGUGGUCAACAAUGUCCAGGAUCAGCGACUGAUAUCAAAGAUUGUGAAACUGGUAUUGAUUGUCCUGUUGAUGGAGUGUGGGGAAAUUGGACUUUAACUACACCAUGUUUUGGCGUUUGUGGUAAUGGUACAUUAAUUUAUAAACGUAAGUGUACGCCGCCAAUUGGUGGUGGUCUUAUGUGUGUUGGCCCAACACAACAAACCAAUACAUGCGAUCUUCAGCGACCAUGCCCAAUUGAUGGUGGUUGGAGUAAUUGGACUAAUUAUACAACGUGUAGUGUUACGUGUGGUGUUGGUGUUUUUUCUCGAAUUCGUAACUGUAAUAAUCCAGUACCACAAUACGGUGGAGAUUUAUGUGUUGGUCCACCGCUUGAAACCGCUUAUUGUUUAAUAAAUGUGUCAUGUCCAAUCAAUGGUGGUUGGACUUCUUGGACAAGUUGGUCGAAUUGUUCAUUAAAUUGUUCUGGUGGCAUGCAAACACGAACAAGAAAUUGUACGAACCCAUCACCAGCUUAUAACGGAGCUCCAUGUAUUGGUUCAAGUUAUCAAUAUCAAACAUGCAAUGAUGCUAUUCCUUGUGUUAUAUUGAUCACCGGUGCUGCAGUUAAUGGAACUUGGGGUUCAUGGACUACUUGGGCGCCAUGUUCAGGUACAUGUGGCAAUGGAACUCAAUCAAGAUUUCGUAAUUGUUCGGGAGAAUAUAAUGGCGGUAAUCCAUGUGUUGGGCCCACACUUCAGUAUAACACAUGUAAUACGAAUGUAGCAUGUCCGAUCAAUGGUGGUUGGUCAAGUUAUACAAAUUUUGGACCAUGUUCAGCAACCUGUGGAAAUGGAACCAAAGUACGAACACGUGAUUGCAAUAGUCCUGCACCUUCAUUUGGAGGUUCACAAUGUGUUGGCAAUUCAAAAGAUACACAAACAUGCCUAACAAAUAUUAGUUGUCCAAUUGACGGCGGAUGGUCUGUUUGGACUCAAUCUCCAUGUUCAUCAACAUGCGGAAUAGGUUAUCAAGUUCGGCAAAGAAAUUGUACAAAACCAACGCCACAAUUUGGUGGCAUUUAUUGUCUAGGAUCAUCAAUUGAUACAAUCUUUUGUAAUGUAUCGAAUGUUACAUGUCCAGUGAUGGGAACUUGGGGUGCAUGGAGUAAUGCUACAUACUGUUCGGUUUCUUGUGGUUUUGGUAUUAGUAUACGCAAUCGAACAUGCCUACCGACUGGUUCGAUUAAUUGUGUGGGUGAUUCUGUUGCAGUUGAAACAUGUGACUCGGGUGUUAGUUGUGCUAGUAUGUCAUUUUCUUGCAUUCGAAUUACAUUUUAUGUAUGUAUACUUUUUCUCACUGUAGCCCCAGCUCCUUGGAAUUCAGUUAAUGGUAAUUGGAGUGGAUGGUCUAAUUGGUCACCAUGUUCUGUAAGUUGUGGCAAUGGUACUCAAUAUCAGACAAGAGCUUGCAAUACAACAACUCCUUCACAAGGUGGUUCAUUGUGUAGUGGUGAUGCUCUAAGGACACAAACUUGUACUACAAAUUUGACUUGUCCAGUAAAUGGUAACUGGACAGAAUGGGGAGGUUAUUCACCUUGUAGUACAACGUGUGGUACCGGCAUUCAAAGUCGAAUUCGAUACUGUAAUAACACUAAUAAUUUUGCUCAAUUGUGUAUUGGACCUGCGUUGGAAACACAAUUAUGCAAUCAAAAUAGCACAUGUCCAGUGGUUGGCGUUUGGCAAACAUGGACUGGUUGGAGUAUAUGUAGUGGUAGUUGUGGUACUGGUCUUCAAGUUCGAACACGAAAUUGUACAGUAGUAGCUGGAGGUCAACAAUGCUCUGGUUCAGGAUUAGAUGCUCAAUCAUGUAAUACAAAUAUAUCAUGCCCAGUUGAUGGUGGAUGGGGACCGUGGACCAAUUGGACAGAUUGUUCAUCGGGUACAUGUGCUGCUGGUAGUAGCUUUCGGUUUAGGACAUGUAAUAAUCCGCAGCCUUCGAAUGGGGGGCAAAUGUGUACGGGCGAUGCAAUGCAAACAAAAACAUGUGAUGGAGUAUCGAUCUGUCCGAUAGAUGGUGGUUGGUCAUCAUGGACUGCAUGGACAGGAUGUUCGUCGACUUGCGUUGGUGGUCGUCGCUAUCGAUAUCGAAAUUGCUCUGAUCCUGUACCAUCCAAUGGUGGUAUAUCAUGUGUUGGAUCAUCAGUUGACGUUGAUAGUUCAUGUGGCAAUAGUACAUGUGGUUCUACGCCUGCUGUUGCAAUCGGUGUAUGGCUUAAUUGGAAUGCAUGGUCAGAUUGUGCAACUACAUGUGGAUCUGGUAUCAGAAUACGAACAAGAAAUUGUACUACAACAGGUUUACCUUGCGUUGGCUUAAACUAUGUACUCGAAUCAUGUAAUUCAUCUAUUAAUUGUCCUGUUGAUGGCAUAUGGGGUGCUUGGAGUAGUUUUUCUGACUGUACUGCUUCAUGUGGUAUGGGUACACAAACUCAAACACGUCUUUGUCUUAAGCAAUCCAAUGGUGGACAAACAUGUUACGGUUCACCGACAAAAACAAUUUCAUGUAGCACUAAUAUCACCUGUCCAAUCAAUGGUCAAUGGACAAUAUGGAGUUCACAAAGUCCUUGUUCAGCUACAUGUGGUACCGGCUUUACGGUUCGUACACGUACUUGUUCACAAAUAAUACCAACAUUCGGUGGUGUGUCAUGUCCUGGCUCAUCUUUACUUUAUGAAACUUGCACAGCAUCACAAAAUUGUUCAGUCGAUGGACAAUGGGGUUCAUGGAAACCAUGGUCAGCUUGUACGGCUACUUGCGGUAAAAAUUCUACGAAAUAUACUACUCGACUUUGUGACAGUCCAGCACCAUUAUACGGCGGCAAUGGCUGUGCUGGUUUAGCAUUUAAUGUAACGAACUGUAUUGAACUACCCGAUUGUUCACUAUGCGGGUCAAAUCAAGUAUUCACAAAUGCAACUCCUGCAUCAUGUCCAUUACUUUGUUCAAAUCCAAAUAAUGCAACUUGGUGUUUGAAACGUACAUGGAUACCAACAUGUUUGUGCCAAUCGCCCUAUGCGUGGAAUGAUGCAACAAAUACAUGUGCAUUAUGGUGUGAUUGUGGUUGUUAUGGAAACAAUAAUGGAAAAUAUGCUGUUGGAACUGUUUGGCAAGAAAAUACUUGUCGUACCUAUCAAUGUAUGCGUCAAAAUAAUACUGCUGAUGCUGCUCCACGAGCAUUGUUAAUAUCUAGUAAUUGUACAAAUUGUUCCUUUUUUGGUUGGUCAACAUGGUCGGCAUGUAAUACUUCAUGCGGUCAAGGUUAUCAAACACGUACUCGAUCGUGUCUCUUCUUAAAUUCUAACACACCGUGUAAUACAUGCAACGGAAACAGUACUCAGAUGCAAAUAUGUGACAGUGGACCUUGCGAAACAUGUGAACUUGGUCCAUAUGAGCCAGCCACUGAUUGUUCAAAAACGUGCGGAAAUGGUACACAAACAUUAAAUCGAACAUGUCUUAAUAUAGCUUCAGCAACUUCAUCAAUACCACAAACAUGUUCAAAUGUAUCUCAAUGUGGUACGAAUAUAAGUACUGUUGGAAUAUGCAAUCCAGAUGUAUGCAUCAUUUGUGGUUGGUCUACGUGGGCUAAUGGGCGAUGCUCUGUAACAUGUGGUACUGGCUCAUACAUUCGAACCACAUACUGUAGAGAUCAGUUUUCUAGAAAUUGUACAACCUGUAUUAAUAAUACAGCUACGAUUAGCACUCGGCCAUGCUUCUAUCCAAGUUGCACAACACGUCGACGACGUAGUUUAACCAGUUGGCUAUUAUCGUGGCUUGGUGAUUAA